ACCUCUUUUGUCGUUUCCCGCGUAUUAUCCUGUCAUUGCGUGAAGUUAGUUUUAUAUUAACUGUCAGUGUUAGUGUAAUCGUUUUAUAUGGUAAAGAAAAAGAAAAAUAUAUUUUUAUUAUGUGUAAAAAGUGAAUUCACACUAACCGUGCGUUAUAAUAAAAAGUGAUGUGAUAUUUCUAUAUCGUGAUUGUCUGUGAUAAAAUAAUAAAUAUUUAUUAAUAUUUAUUGGAUAUGUCGAGUUACGGUAGUACCACUCCCCCAGACGAAGGCUUCGAUAGAUAUGAACCGCCAUUUUACUGUCAACAAACACAUCAAGGUAGUCCAAUGGACGGUGGUAUCUACUGGCCCAACUCGGGUGAAAUUCACGAGUUCGAUUCCCAAGAUAUGUAUCAUGAAGCUAAUUUUAUUAGCAGAAAUUAUGGCUACGACGAAAUGCAAGUAUCGAACGAGUCGUAUGAAGGAUUCCAUCAUAAUAUCAUACAUCAUAAUUUUUCACAAAAUGCAGGAAUGGACUGCGACAUGCAGUCUCUGCCACGCUACGACCGCGCGCAGCCGUCGUUCGUUCGAGUUGUCAAACGGAGAACCACAGCUAAUAAAAAGGAAAGGCGACGAACACAGAGUAUAAACACAGCGUUCACAGACUUGAGGGAGUGUAUACCGAAUGUGCCGCCGGAUACGAAACUGUCAAAGAAAGAAAGACGUCGUACUCAAAACAUAAACACAGCAUUUACUGACCUAAGGGGCCGUAUACCUAAUGUCCCGCCCGAUACAAAACUGUCCAAGAUAAAGACACUGCGACUGGCGACAUCCUACAUCUCUUACUUAUUGAAGGUGUUAGAGAGUGACGGUGAACCGGCGGGAGGCUUCAGAGCCGAGUUGCAUCACAAUCCACCACGCAGACGGACAAAUGAACAUGGACAGAACUCAGACAAGAAAGGCAAAGGUAGGACGGGAUGGCCGCAGCACGUGUGGGCCUUGGAGCUGAAGAGCGAACAGAAUCUUCAAAGCUGAACAUAUAAGAACUUUUAGUGGCCUUCCUAAGAAGUAUAAAAAAAACACGAUAUUUACAAUGUUGUGUGUUUUAUUCGUGUCCGAAAUUUGUUUUUUUGCUUAUGAAUUUCUCGAAAAGAAGAUUUUUAAAUUAAAUUAAACAUUUUAUGCUUUGCAGCGUAAUCUAUUUUGAACAUAAUUAUCAUACUGUUACUAUUAGGUCCAAAAUCAUAUCUCAAGGUUACAAACUACAACUGUUUCAGCAAUAUCGGACUGGAAUAUUCGCCAUUCCUAAAAAAAAACUACUUUGUAAGAGCAAGAACAAUUUUUUUUUAAUAAAAAAGUGUUAGGUCGCGAGCCUUUUCAAACUCCUUAACGUGCCAAACUCUAAAGUUACGAUAUUCUAAACUAUGUCUAAUAAAUGUAUAUAUAAGACGAAAUUUAAUCUAUUUAUAAGAAUAUUGUGUAUAUAAACAGUAAUACCCACUUAAUACGAUCAAGUUAAAAAUGUUAAAGGGCAUUAUGUCUGAAGAAAAAAUCUUAGAUCGUGGUCGAGUGAGAUUGUCUUAAACGGGUUUUAUUGGUCUAUAGGUAGUCAAUUAGCAUUAAAAUUGUAAAUAUAAAAUAUU